UCCAUGCCAGUCACCAGAGGGCGCCGGGGCUCAGCUGUGCACAGCUUCCUCUCCAUCCUAGGCACCCACCAGCCUGUACCCGUGCUGAGGAUGCGGUCGGUGUGCCCAGGCCAGGGCUCUCCACGUCAGACACGGGGUGGUGGAGGAGCAGAGGGCAGGGGAGGAGUAGAGGGAAGACUGGGGGGGCCGUGGGGCUUUGUUCCCGCUGUGGAGACUGCGCAGAUUCUGCCCACCUCUGGUCUCACCAGGACCCCACCCGCACCUGCGUCUCUCUGCCGCUUCUUCUGGCUCCCAGGACUCCAUCUCUCAGUGUGCUGCCAGUCUCUGUGCCCAUGUGUCUCUCUGGCUGUCUGUCCGUUUCGUUCAUCUCUCUCUGAUCUUCAUCUUUCUUUUUAUGGCUCUGCCUCUGUCUCGUUUCUGCCUCUGCUUCCUUACAUCCCUGCCUAUUUUUGUGUCCCUGUCUCGCUCCGCUUCACAUCCUGUCCCUCUCCAGCCCCUGCAGCCCAGCCCCUGUGGGCUGAGGGUCUCAGUCUCUUCCCUCCACCUCCUCACCCGCAGCUGCUCCCAGCUUCUCAGCCCUGCCUCUGUGGCCGCCCCUCUCGGGCCUUGGAGGGGGUGGUGAGGGCCGGAGGGAGGGCAGCCUGGCGGGCCCACCCCUUUUUGCCUUUCCAGGCUGGGAGGCUGGGCCAGUGGGCCUUUUAACCAGACCGGGCAGGCGGUACUGGACACCAGUGCUGGCCGCCUGUGCCUGGGUCCCAGCAGCCGCCAGCCUGGGCAGCAUGCAGCAGCCGCCUCCACCACCGGGGCCAUUGGUCCCUACAACAGAACCCACCAAGCCCCCAUACAGCUACAUAGCCCUGAUCGCCAUGGCCAUCCAGAGCUCGCCAGGGCAGAGGGCCACGCUCAGUGGCAUCUACCGCUACAUCAUGGGCCGCUUUGCCUUCUACCGCCACAACCGGCCCGGCUGGCAAAACAGCAUUCGCCACAAUCUGUCUCUCAACGAGUGCUUUGUCAAGGUGCCCCGCGAUGACCGCAAACCAGGCAAGGGCAGCUACUGGACCCUGGACCCCGACUGCCAUGACAUGUUCCAGCACGGCAGCUUCCUCCGGCGACGCCGCCGCUUCACCCGGCGGGCAGGUGCUGCAGGCACCAAGGGCCCUGCCAAGGCACCCCGUGGACCCCUCAGAGCCACCGGCCAGGACCCAGGAGUCCCUGAUGCUACGACUGGCAGGCAGUGCCCAUUCCCACCAGAGCUGUCUGAUCCUAAGGGCCUAAGCUUUGCGGGUCUGAUGGGGGCCGGAUCAGCCAGCAUGUGCCCAGCAACGGCUGACAGCAGGCCCCGGCCACCUGUGGAGCCCAAAGAGAUGCCCACGCCGAAACCUGCAGGCCCUGGGGACCUCCCCAUAGCCACUUCAUCUUCCCCGUGCCCAGCGUUUGGCUUUCCUGCUGGCUUCUCCGAGGCAGAGGGCUUUAGCAAGGUCCCUGCACCCGCAGCGACUCCAGAGGCUGUCAUCAGCAGCAGCUACCAGUGCCGGCUGCAGGCACUGAAUUUCUGCAUGGGGGCCGACGCAGGCCUGGAGCACCUCUUGGCCUCGGCAGCCCCCUCCCCUGCACCACCCACCCCUCCAGCCUCGCUCCGGGCCCCACUGCCCCUGCCAGCUGAACCCAAGGAACCAUGGGUUCCAGGGGGCUUUCCUGUCCAGGGAGGCUCCGGCUACCCACUGGGGCUGCCUCCCUGCCUAUACCGGACACCAGGAGUGUUCUUCUUUGAGUGACGUGGUCUCACCUCCACAGGGCCCUGUCAAGGACACCCUCCAGGCUGGGCCUGGUUCUAGGACCUGACAAGCUCUUGAUGGACCCCAGACCUGGCAGGCCAAGUCAACUAGGAUGGGAAGCCAGGACUGCAGAGGCCAAAGACACUCAGCCAGACCAUCGGGACCACCAGACUUGGGGGUGAGGGGACGUGGGGUUGCUUACACUUGACUCUGUGGCUCUUAAGCCAAUAAAAGCCAUUGUGAUUAUAA